AUGGCUCGCACUACUCGGUCCACCGUAGGCCCAAGUUGCAGCCCUUCUGCCGAAAGACUUCUCGGACUCUCUCUCUCUCUCGGCCACUAUAAUCUGACCCUCCAUCGCACCCAGGCACGACCAUCCAAAUCGCCCACCCACGGCCUGGCGCGAGCGGCCGUCGCCCUCAGCCCCCCAAAUCACCAACAUGAUCUCGAGCAGCGUUCGCUAGCACGCGCGCCCCCGUCCUUCGCCCAGCGCCUCCUCGAGCGGGGUCCACCCGCCGAACCAGUCGCCGUCCUCGCACAGAACGGCGUGCGACGCGAAGCACAACAGCGUCUCGCGCACGCUUCCACCGGCCCACCGGUCGUUCCAGAUGGCAUCCUCCCACAGCAGGUCUUUGACGUUCUUGCCCUUCUUGCCCUGCAUCGUCUCGCGUCUGCUGCCCGCGCUCUGCCACAUUGUCGCGCGCUUGGAGGGACCUGGGGAUCAGACGAGGGGCCAGCAGCGCGCCUGCGACGACCCCUGCCCGCUCAAGCUCUCCCGCGACCCGAGUCCGAGUCCUGUACACAAUUGCAACGGCUCGCUCGCAUUCCACAAGCCUCUCAAACUCGGCAGUCAAAAGUCUUGGCAUCCAGAGCUUUUAUUGGACUUGUUCGCGCGAUCGCAAAUAUCCAGCCUCGCUAUCCCUCAGCUGUCUGUUCUCCGGAUCUUGCGCACUGGCAGUGGUGA